AUGCGGGCGGCGGCGCCAGGACCUCCCAUCCUCACCCAAAUCCCCAUCGCCUCAUUACCUGUGGCGCAUUUGAGCCCCGAAUGCUCCCCACAACUGGACACCGCGACGGCCCUGCGGCGGGACCUUCUGGCCUCCAUCCUGGAUCCGCUGGACGAGCAGCACCAGCAGCAGCUACCCGGGUGGCGCCGCGGCGGCACCGCAGCGGCGUCGACGACAGUUUCGGCAGCGGCUGCUCCUGGCAGCGUGCGGCAGCGCCGGUGGCGGCGCCUGGUGCGUGCGGGAGCCGAGGCGGGGACUAGGCAGCAAGGGCCGCCGCUCCUGCUGGAGCAGCUGCCUCAGCCAAUAGCACCAGCCGCCAAACGCCACCCGAGCGCCGCGGAGCAGCGUGAGCUGGCUAGAGCAGCGGGGGCAGGCGACGAGCGUGCCGUGGCCGCGCUUGUGGACGCCAACCGCGCACUCGUGCAUUUCUUGGCGCGGCGGUUUCUCGGCAAGGGACUGGCGCGGGAGGACUUGGUGAGCGAGGGCAUGCUAGCGCUUGAGCGGGCAGCUAGGCGGUACAGGCCGCAGCCCGGGCGGGACGCCAGCUUUGGCACCUUUGCUGCCGCCACCAUCCUCAAUGGCAUGUCGCGUGCGCUGCACACUCAGUCGCGGGACGUACGCCUGCCUGUGCACCACUUCCGAGACAUGGCCCGCGUACGGCAAGCCACCCUGGAGCUUGCCACCGAGCAGCUCAGGCAGCCGGACUACACGCUGCACCUGCUGCGCGCCAUGGGCAGCCAGGUGGGCCAGUCGCCGCUGAUGCAGGUCCUUGACCAGGAGAUGGCGGCGCCGAUGGAUCAAGACCCCACGCAGCAGGGCGGCGUGUCGCUGGAUGGGCUGGAGGUUCUGUUGGAGGACGAAGUGGCUGCAGAGGAGCGGAGCCAGCUGAUUGAGGCAGAGCUGCGCAGCUGCCUGGCCAGGCUGGAACCGCAGCAAGUCAGCGUGGUUGAGCUGAGGCAUGGGCUGGAUGGCGAGGGGCUGCGGCGGACAUGGAAGGAGGGCAGCUACUGCGCCUGGGACUCCUGCUUGUGGUAG